CACUGCUCUGGAGAGCACACAGUCAGCUAAACAGACCAGCAUCUCCAGCACCCGAGCUAGUUAGCAUCAUCUGUGACUAACCUAUCCACAACAGUUCACUGAAGGAAACUACCAGGAAGAUAAUGACCUAAUAGUUGUCUUUUUUGCAGAUAUUUGCGAUCCCAUAGAAAUACUGUGGAAUACAGUACUCUGAAUUCUGUAUUCCAGAGUUGUCCAUUUUAACGUGGACAAUGUGGAAGCCGAGGCUGGCGCUGUACGCCCUCUUGGGUGUUAUGGCUUUUGGCCUAUUCCCAAAUCUUGAAGCUCAGGAUGUCCCAGCCGACCUUGUGCUCUUAAUUGACGGAUCAGAGAACAUUGGAGCUGACGACUUUCCCCUCGUCCGCGAUUUGGCUGUCCAAGUGAUUGAGGGGCUUGCCGUGGGCAAGGAUGCAAUCCGCGUAGCCGUUGUGCUUUACGCUGAAAACCCUGAGACUCAGUUCUAUCUCAAUAGCCAUGACAGCAAAGAGAACAUCCUCACUGCUAUCCAGGGAAUUCAGUACCCUGGUGGUCCUGAGGCAAAUCUCGGGGCAGCCUUGGAAGAGGUGACAGAAAGUCUGUUGGGUCCAGAUGCAGGGGGAAGGGGAGAGGAAGGGGUCCCACAGGUACUGAUGGUGAUCAGUGCUGGGCAGUCUAGUGAUGAUAUCAGUCAGGGCGAGAGGGCCCUGAAGCAGGCCAGUGUGUACACCUUUGGCCUUGCUGUAGGGGAUUUUGAUACUGCUCAAUUGGAAGCUGUUGCUACGGACACAAGGUUUGUGCUGUCUGAAUCUGAUGUCAGAACAGUGGCAAACGCAGGUGACCAGAUGCUACAGUUCAUUAAUGGGGUCGCCCUGCGCACCAUUGUGAUUGAAACUAAUUUUGUAGAAGCAUUGGCUGUUGGAAGGAGAGAUAUUAUUUUCCUCAUUGACAGUAGUAUGGGUACAACCCUUGUCAAUGCAGUGCGAGAAUUCAUCAGAAAGUUUAUUGACAGCAUGCCAAUUGGCCCUGAUCAGGUGCAGGUUGGAGUAGCCAUGUUCUCCUCUGCCCCCAAGGUGGAGAUUAACCUCAACUCAUUCGUCUCCAAAGAAUCCCUAAUCUCAAACCUUGGAAGAAUAAAACCCAGACCUUCAUCUGAAGUCAACAUUGGUGCUGCUCUGGAUUUUGUAAGGACCGACAUGCUCAGACCUGAGAGUGGGAGCCGUAUUCAACAAAGAGUGCCACAGCUUGUUCUGCUACUGACCAGUAAAAAAUCUAAAGACAGUGUCCAGCAGUCAGCUGAAGCUCUUCGGCAGAUGGGUGUUCUGACUUUGGCUGCAGGCUCCAGGUCUGCUGAUGAGGCUGAGCUCAAACAAAUAGCUUUUGACGAAAGUCUGGUUUUCAUGCUCAAGGACUUCAGGAUAUUGACACGCAACCCCCAAAAAAUAGUCUCCUCUCUCUCAACGUUAUCUGGUGUUAUUGAAUCAGAGACUCCAACUGAAACGGGUCCAGUUGUGGAUGUCACUACAGUCCAAACCCAAAAAGUUGUCAGAGACAUUCUCUUUGUGGUGGAUGGAUCCAGCUAUGUUGGAAAUGCCAAUUUACAGUAUGUCCGGGACUUCAUCUCUGGAGUGGUGAACAGACUAGACGUACGACCUGAGCGAGUACGCAUCGCCCUGAUGCAGUUUGAUGAGGGACAGCGUACAGAGUUUUUUUUUAACACGCACAACACCAAACAGGAAGUGCUCUCUAGCAUUGCUCAGUUUAGUCUGAUGGGAGGACGUGCAUUAAACACUGGUGCUGCCCUCCAGUAUGCACUAAGCAACCAUUUCCAGGCAUCAGCUGGGUCUCGUAAGAGUCAGGGGAUCCAGCAGGUACUGGUGCUGAUAACAGGAGGUCCCUCUCAAGAUGCGGCCAAGAGUCUCGCAGACCGAGUUGCUCUCGCUGGAGUUUUGACUUUUGCUGUUGGAGCUGGUCAGGUGGAAGAGAGUUUCCUGACAAAGGUUGCUUUUGUAGAAGAUUUGGCGUACUACAGAAGAAGUUUUCGUGAAAUAUCAAGCGUUAUUGAUGAGAUCAUGAUACCUCUGGUCACUGUUGUUGGGGAGACUGAUACAGUAGUUAAGGAGAUAGAGGUUGAACCCCCUGUGCCUUCUGGUGAUAAAAGAGAUGUUGCAUUCUUGAUUGACGGCUCUGAUGAUGUCCGAGGGGACUUUAGCUACAUCCGUGAAUUCAUUUCCAAAGUCAUUGCACCUCUUGAUAUUGGCAUAGAUAAAGUAAGAGUUGCUGUGGUCCAGCAUAGUGAGAGACCAAGCACUAACUUCUACCUAAACACUUACAAAACCAAAGAUGAAGUGAUGACGGCUGUAAAUGGACUUACCCUGGCUGGUGGCAGAAGUUUGAAUACUGGUGCUGCCUUGACCUUCAUGAAAAACACCAUCUUAUCAACAGCACGGGGCAGUCGAGCAGCCCAGAAUGUCCCCCAAUUUUUGAUUGUCCUGACUGGAGGAAGAUCAAGAGACAGCGUGAGGGAACCUGCGGUUGCCCUUAAGACCGAAGGAGUUGUCCCUUUUGGUGUCGGAGUGAAAAAUGCAGACCCUAAACAGAUUGAGGCCAUUUCGCACAAUCCAUCAUUUGCUUUCAAUGUCAGGGAGUUCAGCGAGCUCAACACGGUUCAGCAAAGACUCCAGAAUUAUGUGAGUCUUCCAAAAGAACAACUUAAGGUCGUUCUAGAAGAAGUGGAAUUAGAUGCAGCUCAAAGAGACAUUGUCUUUCUCCUGGAUGGGUCUGAUGAUACUAGGGAUGAAUUUAAAUACAUGACUCAGUUUGUUAAAAGAGUGGUGGACAAACUCAAUAUAGGACUGAGCGGAGACAGAGUGUCUGUGGUACAGUACAGCACAGAACCACAAGUCCAUUUUUAUCUGAACACAUAUAACACAAAGCAAGAAGUUAUAGAUUCAAUUAAGAGCCUGGACCACCAGGGUGGAAGACCUCUCAACACAGGAGGAGCUCUUGGGUAUUUAAAAAACAACAUGUUCAUUCCCUCCUCUGGGAGCAGACUGCUAGAGGGGGUUCCUCAGAUUCUUAUACUUGUGACUGGAGCAAGGUCUCAGGAUGAUGUUAGAGCACCUGCCGCUGGACUCAAACAGGACAAUAUUGUCUCAUUCAGUAUCGGCACUGAAAAUGCAGAUGUUAUUCAGCUGCAGACAAUCUCAUAUACUCCUGGUCAUACCCUUACUGUCCCUCAAUUUGAUGACCUUGAAGACAUUGAACAAAAACUUGUAUCAUAUGUGAAAAGAGUUCCGCGCCAGCCCAGGAGGCUUCAACCAACUACAAAAGAUGCUGAUAAAAGAGAUUUUGUUUUUUUGAUCGAUGCCUCUGAUGACACAAGGGGAAGUUUCUCAGGAGUGCAAAACUUUAUUCAGACCCUGGUUCAGCAACUGAAUGUGGCACCAGAUAAAGAUCGUGUUUCAGUGGUCCAGUACAGUGACAACACAUUAGUUGAUUUCCACUUGAAUACACAUUCAUCCUUAGAUGAUGUUUUAAACCAUGUGAAACAUCUGAUUCAUAAAGGAGGAAGGCUACGGCACACAGGGGCAGCAUUACAGUUUGUUAUGGACAACAUGUUUACAGCUGCUGCAGGGAGUAGACAUAUGGAAGGUGUGCCGCAGGUGCUAAUUCUCCUGAUUUCUGGAAGGUCCAAUGAUGAUAUUCAAGGAUCAGUUAAAGCUUUGAAAGACAUUGGUGCUGUUUCUUUAGGUAUUGGUACCGCAAAUGCUGAUACGCUUGAGUUACAAACAAUUUCCCAUCAAUCAAAUUACCUUUUUAUUUCUGAUUUUGAGAACACUUCUGAAGUUCAAAAGAAUAUUCUAACAUUGAUAAAUGGGGCAUUUUACCACCAGCUGCCAACAAUAGGGCCUCAGGUCUCUGAAUCUGUCAAAAGGGAUGUUGCAUUUCUUAUUGAUGGAUCUGAUGAUUCUAGAAAUGGUUUUGAGGCUAUUCGCAAUUUUAUGCAAAAAGUGGUUGAGGGUUUAAAUGUGGAUGAAGAUUUUGAUAGGGUGGCUGUUGUCCAGUACAGUCGAAAUUCCACAGCAAAUUUUUAUCUCAGCUCGUACUCAACUAAAGAAGAGGUCCUUAAUUCAAUACGUUCCAUGAGGCACAAAAGUGGAAGACCACUGAAUACCGGAGCUGCUUUGCGAUUUAUUAAAGAAAAUAUAUUUACACCUUCAUCUGGAGGCAGAAGUCAUGAGGGUGUAGCUUCGAUUCUGUACUUAUGUAGUGGUGGUAGAUCCAAUGAUGACGUAAGAACCAUUUCGCAAGAUUUAAGAGAAAGAAACAUUAAAGUCUUUACAACUGGCACAAGAAAUGCUGACACACUUGAGUUACAGACAAUGGCUUCUACACCAGAUAAUGCUUUCUUUGUUAAUGACUUUACCUCCUUGAACCGCAUUUUACAAAGAGUUUCUUCUGUUUUGACAAGUGGUUAUGAAAUUCCUGAGCAGCUUCCGACAACUCAUGGUAAGUUUUUAUAACUGAUAUGUGUUUUGCUACUUAAUCAUUAUUCUAUUUGCUAUGUUAGGGUAUGCUACCAUUUAAAAGAUUAGUCUGGUAUUUAAUUGUCCUUUGUAGUUAUACAAAAUCGAUUGCCUGACUCUGGCAUGUGGUUAUCACUGAUAAC